ACGCGACCCCCUACCCGUGCGCAAUGCGCUCGUGGACGCGCCCUCGCGUGCACGCCCCGCGCCUCACGGCCCCGUUCUUCCCGGGUCUCCGCGAGCAGCGGUGCUGACCCCGCGGUCCGACAUGUCGCAGCUGCCCGCAGUCAGCAGCGCCCCGCAGACGGGAGCAGCGAGCCGCGACCGCCGGCUCCCGCAGGCCGAGGUAGGCGGCGGGCGGCGUGCACUCCCGGGUCCGGCGCGACCUGGGGAGACUCGGGGACGCCCAAUGGCGGCGGCCCGGGAAGGCCCCGCAGCCCCUGCGGCGGCGCCCAGGGGAGGCCGAGUGGCUGCAGCCCGGGAAGGCAGGGCGGCGGCGGCCCGGGGAGGCCCUGGGGCGGCGGCCCGGGGCGGCGCAGCGGCCCGCGAAGGCCCGGCGGCGGCGGCGGCGUCCAGGGAAGCCCGGAUGGCAGAGGUGGCCCGGCUGCUGGGCGAUCCGCUGGAGGAGGAGGCUCCGGAGGGCAGGCCCCGGUCCAGGGCGGGCGGCCUGGCCGCGAUGCCGUACAUGCGCUUCCGCCACCCCCUCAGCGUCUUGGGCAUCAAUUACCAGCAGUUCCUGCGCCACUACCUGGAGAACUACCCGAUCGCCCCCGGCCGGAUCCAGGAGCUGGAGGAGCGCCGGCGGCGCUUCGUGGAGGCCUGCCGAGCCAGGGAGGCAGCCUUCGACAUAGAGUACCUGCGUAACCCCCAGAGGGUGGAUUUUGACAUUUUAACCUUUACCAUAGCCCUGACUGCAUCAGAGGUGAUCAAUCCCCUAAUAGAAGAACUGGGUUGCGAUAAGUUCAUCCACAGAGAGUGAAGAGUCGGACUGCGGGGAGGGCACGGCACCAAGACCUCGGCAUCCAAGUGAAACCGCAUCCUGCAACUUGGUUUUAAGAAGUCAAAAGGAUCUUGAGAAUGAGGCAGUGCUUCCUCAGAGGGAGGAAACGCGUCAGAAAAUUGGGGGUGGGGGGGGAAAUGUCGACAGCAUCGUAAGACUCCUACCGUUUCUUGAGUUUAUGAUCGGUUGAAAUUUCUUGUGUUAUGGAAAAGGUCCAUCCUCGUGGCUUCGUUAAUAAGUAAAGGACGGUUUUGUAAAACUGUAAAGACUUAAAAUUGCCAGUAAUAGAGCCCACGACGAAGACGACGCGUGAAGAGUUAAAACUGGUUUUAGGACGAGGUUUCUGUGGAGAACUUGACCUUGUCAGAGCAGGCAAAGUCUUCACGUCAGAGUCAACAAGAGUGUAUAGUGUAAGAGGGAUUUUGUGUCUCAGACAUUGUGAAUGGCGAACAACAUAAAUAUUGUAUAUAGUAUGUGAUAAAUCGUGUUUCCAAACAUA